AUGUAUGUUUCAACCACGUCAUCUUCUAAAGAACUCACAUUGCCCACGGACUACAUUCUAAUAGUUUAUGCUCCACUACGGUUUUUUUUUACAAAAAUACAACCUCAGUGUUAUAUGGAUGCUAAGCACCUGUGGCGCUUGAUUCAAUUUACGCGUUUUCUUCCUAAAAUUGAACUCCAGAUAAUAAAUAAAUGUAUUCAAAGAAAUGCUUUUUUUGGUCACCCAGAAAAUAUUCUAACAGCAAUCUGCUGGAUGACAGAGAUAAGAGAACUUGCAGCCGGACAAAUUAAAUGUGCAAGAAAAGCCACAGCACCUGGUGAAGGUAAAAUCAGAAAAUUUCAAUGUCCUUCUCUUAACUUUGAGGCUGCCGAAUACUAUUGUCUUCUAAAUUGGCAAGACGUUCCAAGAACCUCGCCACCUAUGCUACGAGAUAUAAGUGAUGAAAAAAUUGAAGCAGCAAUUAAAGUACCUUGGAAGUGGACACUAAAAAAAUAUCCUUGCCAUAAUCAAAGCGUGGAACGACAUGUAAAGUUGGUAACCGAAGCAUCAUCGCCAGUCUGUGGUGCUCUGAGACGUGAUAGAUAUAUAAGAGCAAAAUUAGAAUCAAGAAAAGAAAUUCCACAUUUUAGUUUGAAGAAGGAUUGGAAAAGAGGAGAGAUUAACUGA